AUGGGGAUUACACGAGACUCAAUUCACAAGAGACGUUCGACUGGAGGAAAGAAGAACAUGAUGCAAAAGAAGAAGAAGUACAAUAUGGGUCGUCAACCAGCCAACACCAGACUCGGCGCAAAGAGAAUUCAUGACGUCCGUUGCCGAUUUGGCAUUAUUAAGAGAAGAGCACUUAGACUUGAUGUUGGAUAUUUCACUUGGGUUUCACAAGCCAUGACUAAGACCGCCAAAAUCUUGAACGUCGUCUACAACGCGUCCAACAACGAUUACGUCAGAACAAACACUUUGGUCAAGAACGCUAUUAUUGAAGUCGAUGCUUCACCAUUCAGAUUAUGGUUCCUUAAGAGAUUCGGAAAGGAUAUCGCUUCUAAGGACUACAUCAAGUCUCUCGAGACUGAGGGAUACACCGCAGACAAGAAAAUUGCUCUCGUCAAGGAUGAAGAGGUCAAGACCGAUGCUAAACAGACCGGCAAAGAGGAAGCUAAAGAGAAGACCGUUGCUCACCAAAUCGUCGAGACCCAACUUGCUUUGAUGAAGCCAUCGAGCACUAUGAAGAAGAAAUACGCUACUAUGCUUAAGGUUCUCAAGCACGUCAAAUUCGAAGACGCUUUAAUGGAAGGAUUCCAGGCUGGAAGAUUAUUGGCUUGCAUCUCCUCAAGACCGGGUCAAACUGGAAGAGUCGAUGGAUACCUCUUGGAAGGAAAGGAACUCGACUUCUACACAAAGAAGGUCCAGGAAAAGAAGAAGUAA